AUGUCUGCCGAGGAAGACUUGAUUGACUACUCCGACGAGGAGCUCAACACCACCGAGGGUGCCACUUCCAACGGCAAGAAGGGCUCUGCUACAGCCGGUGGCGAUGCCUCGGCUGCCGGUUCAAACAGCGUCGACAAGAAGGGCAGCUAUGUCGGUAUUCAUUCGACAGGUUUCAGAGACUUCCUUCUGAAGCCAGAGCUUUUCCGCGCCACCGCCGAUUGCGGUUUCGAACAUCCAUCGGAGGUUCAGCAAACCUGCAUCCCUCAAGCCUUGAUUGGAGGCGACAUCAUCUGCCAGGCUAAAUCUGGUCUGGGCAAGACUGCCGUUUUCGUUCUCGCCACGCUUCAGCAAAUCGAACCCGUUGCCGGCGAGUGCUCGGUGCUUGUGAUGUGCCACACCCGAGAACUAGCCUUCCAGAUUCGCAACGAGUACAACCGAUUCUCCAAGUACAUGCCAGAGAUCAAGACCGGCGUGUUUUACGGUGGCACCCCCAUCCAGAAGGAUGCCGAGAUCCUGCGCAACAAGGAGACUCACCCGCACAUCAUUGUUGGCACUCCCGGACGUCUGAAUGCUCUUGUUCGUGACAAGUACUUGCGUCUUGGCAGCGUUCGGAUCUUUGUCCUAGACGAGUGCGACAAGAUGCUCGAUCAAAUCGAUAUGCGCCGUGAUGUACAGGAGAUCUUCCGUGCUACUCCCCAGCAGAAGCAGGUUAUGAUGUUUUCCGCAACUCUUUCGGACGAGAUCAAGCCAAUUUGCCGGAAGUUCAUGCAGAACCCAACGGAGCACUACGUCGACGAAGACACCAAGUUGACGCUGCACGGUCUUCAGCAGUACUACAUCCCUCUGGAGGAGCGGGAGAAGAACCGUAAGCUCAACGAGCUUCUGGACGAGCUGCAAUUCAACCAGGUCAUCAUCUUCGUCAAGAGCACUGUUCGUGCGACGGAACUUGACAAGCUUCUCAGAGAAUGCAACUUCCCUUCGAUUGCAGUCCACUCGGGCGUUAGCCAGGAAGAAAGAAUUCGCCGGUACAAGGAGUUCAAAGAGUUCAACAAGCGCAUUUGCGUUGCGACGGACGUCUUUGGCCGUGGUAUCGACAUUGAGCGCAUCAACCUUGCCAUCAACUACGAUCUGCCUGCUGAUGCCGACUCGUACCUUCACCGUGUCGGUCGUGCCGGCCGCUUCGGUACCAAGGGUCUGGCUAUUUCCUUUGUCAGCAACGAACAGGACAAGGAAGUGCUGAAAGCGAUUGAGAAGCGGUUCGAAGUUGCCCUUCCUGAGUUCCCCAAGGAUGGUAUCGAUGCGAGCACUUACAUGGCUUCGUAG